AUGUCUUCCUGGUAUUGCUGUCAGUGUGGUGACGGUGCAAACACUUCUCUGAUGCCAUCAUGCCCCAUCUACGGGUGUGGUCACAGGAGGUGUGGUUGCUGCGAGUCUGUUUACAACAAUUACAGCAACAACAACAUCAACUACGCACACUUCUCCAGCCACCAACACGCCGCACCUCUCCCAAGAGGAUCCUCCUUUUCGAAUGCAAGCAGUUUACACUACACACAAUGCCCUACUGAGCGUCCCGAACGC